CUCCCUUCUUUAGUCUCUUUUUCUCCGACUUUCCUCUCCCUCCCGUUCUCGUCCGGCUUCCCCGGCUCUUCCCUAAACAAUUACCCAGCUUCCCCCGCGAAACGAGGCUAUUCCAUUUCCCCACGUGAGCCGCCUGCUCUGAUACUUCGACUUUUUGUCUCUUCUUCUUCCUUUUUCGUCGUGUGUCUGGUCCGCGGUAUUGCCCUUCCCGCGAUGGCGUCCCGAUCCCCCACGGCGGUGACUCCCCUACCAAAAUCAUCCGUCGCGCCCGAGACCCCGAUGGUCAAAGACGCCCCCGCAACCCCCCAAGCCGUCCCCUUCCCUUCUCCACAGACCUUCGACAUUGUUCCGCCGUUGCAUGGCCUCCUUUCACGUCUUUUAUCGCCGCCAACGAACGCUGCUGGCGUAUCCAAUGGUGUGAGAGCGGCCGAUGACCCUACCGGAGCUGUUCUGGGGACAGUACCUUCAGCUGGUCCAGGUGGUGCAGAAAUAUCCGGCUUGGGCUCAAGUACAUCUCCAGCGCUCGAUAUCAAGGACCUUCCGACAGAGGUCAGCUCGAUCAAAAUUCGGAUUCAGAAGGCACAAGCCGUGGUGGAAAACCUACCCGACGUAGAUCGGUCGGUUGCCGACCAGGAAGAGGAAAUUGAGGAGCUGGAGGACCGCAUUGCAAAGCUCAAGUCGGUCAUCGCCGACUUUGGCCAGAUGGCAAGCCCAGGGGGUGCUAAGAAGCUCAAGUCCCAGGGACCUUGA